AUGCGAGGUGGAGGUCAAACAAAGGAUUUACUUUUUGACCCUAAGAUUGAGAAAACAGCCAGGAGAAAUAACAGUAGAAUUAGGAAACAAAAGGAGUUGAACAAAGAAAGGCAGCAACAAGAAGACACAUAUAUUCCAAUUCUGCGGGAACAACUAGAGCAGAUGGUUGAUCCUGGAGGUGUUGUUACGAAUGGAGAUAUCGGAGGUGAAGGACACAACUACAACAAUCAAAGAAGACUUUUGGGAUAG